UAUACACCUACUUCAACCGGCUGUAAGCAGUCUUCAAGUGUGUCAUUCCGCAGGUAUCCGUCUUGCCCCCAAGUGCUCGCCAUGCUGCGUCUACGCCUCCUCCAGCCCGCUCUGCUCGGCCCCACGUCUCGACGUGCGCUGUCCUCGACGCCGCGCAGCUUCCGCAAGAUCCUCGUGGCCAACCGCGGCGAGAUCGCGCUGCGUGUGCUACGUUCGGCGCAGAAACUUAACAUCGAGACUGUGGCUGUUUACAGCGACGCCGACGCCAACUCGCAGCAUGUCAAGCUCGCAACGGAAGCAUACCGACUGGGUCCUGCGCCUGCCGCCGAGAGCUACUUGAACUACCCCAAAAUCCUGGAGAUCUGUCGCGAAUCCGGAGUCGAGGCGGUGCAUCCAGGCUACGGCUUCCUGUCGGAAAACGCGGCGUUCGCUCGCGCCUGUGAAGAGGCAGGUGUCGAGUUUAUUGGUCCUCCUGUUAAGGCUAUUGAAGAUAUGGGCUCGAAGAGCGCGUCCAAGGAUAUUAUGAUCAAGGCCGGCGUUCCAGUGACUCCCGGUUAUCACGGUGCAGAUCAGAGCUUCGAGACGCUGCAGAGAGAAGCCAAGAAGAUCGGAUAUCCCGUUCUCAUUAAGGCAGUGCUGGGAGGUGGAGGAAAAGGCAUGAGGAUUGUCGAUGAAGAGAAGGAUUUCCAAGACGCUCUGGACGCCUGUGUGAGGGAAGGACAGGCUUCUUUUGGAGACGGUCGAGUGCUCAUCGAGAAGUAUUUGAGGAAGCCCAGACACGUGGAGCUCCAGAUCUUCGGAGACAAACACGGCAAUGUCAUUCAUCUGUUCGAGCGCGACUGCAGCGUCCAAAGACGUCAUCAAAAAGUCUUGGAAGAAGCACCUGCGCCGAACAUGUCGGAGGCAUUGCGCAAGAAGAUGGGGGAUGCAGCUGUGGCCGCUGCGAAGGCUGUGGGCUACGUUGGCGCUGGAACGGUGGAGUUCCUCUUGGACGAGGACGAGUCCUUUUACUUCAUGGAGAUGAACACGCGUCUCCAAGUGGAACAUCCUGUCACCGAAAUGAUCACUAAGCAAGAUUUGGUUGAGCUGCAGCUCAAAGUUGCAGCAGGUCAAGAACUCCCGAUCCGUCAGGAAGACCUGAAAAUUCACGGCCAUGCAGUUGAAGCACGCAUCUACGCUGAAAACCCUUACAAUGAUUUCCUUCCUGGAAGCGGCAAGUUGCAGCAUCUUCGCUUGCCAAGCAGAUCCAAAGACGUCCGUGUGGACACCGGCAUCAUCGAAGGUGAUGAAGUGUCGAUUUUCUACGAUCCCAUGAUCGCCAAGCUCAUUGUGCACGGUGACAACCGCCAAGCUGCCCUGGAUAAAAUGAUCAAAGCACUUCAUGAGUACCAGAUUGUGGGUCUUCCUACGAACAUCGAGUUCGUUGCUCGCACAGCGGAUCACGCGGCGUUCCGUAAGGGUGGCGUUGAUACGAGUUUUCUCAAUAAGUUCGGUGACGAAGUGCUUGGAUCACUGGGAACCUACCCAACGUACGCUAAAGCACUAGGAGCUGUGAGUUUGCUCCUUCUGGAGCAGGUUAAACGUCGACCUGCUGGGAAUUAUAACGGUGAAUUACAGUCGCCAUGGUCAGAUGAUUCCUUGGCUCACUUCCGUUCUCUGGAAACGCUAGAGAGGAAGCUUUCGCUAAGCCAUGACGAUGACGAGGCGUCAGUAUCCGUUAAGUGUCUGGCGAAGGACACGUACGCGGUGAUUCUAGACGGUGACGCUGGUCAGGAGACUCACGAAGUCAGCGGAGCGAUCGAUAAAAGGGGAGACUUCAAGUUUCGCGUGGGCAACCGCACGUUCAAGGGGACUGCUGUGAUUCACCAACAGGAGCUUCAUCUCUUCUGCGACGACAACAGCCAGCGCUACGACUACAAGUUCCACGUCCCAUUGCCGUCCUUUGAGCCAGUUGAGGGCAGCGCAGGUGCAGCCGCACACAGUAAGAUUGCUGCGCCAAUGCCGGGCAAGAUCAUUAAGGUGCUGGUGAAGAAUGGUGACACGAUCACGGCCGAUCAACCACUCCUGAUUAUGGAGGCAAUGAAGAUGGAGCACAUGAUCCGUGCACCAAAAGAUGGAAAAGUGCAGGAACUGUUCUGCGAGAAGGAUGAUUUUGUGACGGACGGCCAUGUGCUGGUUGAGCUGGACUAACCUAGCGGGGCGGCUGUGAGAUAGUGGCCCAUCAGAAAAAGUGUCAUUUACAUUAUGAGUGGACAUUUAUCGUAGUGCUAAAGCUCGGUGCUUGUAAACAAAGGGUACACGUACUGUAUGAAGGUACUGCUGUAUUUUUAGUGAAGGC